AUGGCUUACAACAAGAGUUACAACCCCGAUGCGCUGCCAGCACAUGCUGAGCCAGAACAGGUCGCGCAGAUGAUCGGGUCCAUGCAGAUGGGAGGGAGACCAGCACCAGCACCAGCACAGAAACCACUCCCAACUCGCCCGCCAGUCCAGAGUGUUCCUAGUGGGGGCGUUCCUCCUCGCGUUCCCGUCUCAAGUGCUCCCCCGCAGCAUAAUCCUUAUAGCUCGCCUGCCCCGCGCCCAGAUCUCCAUGCACCACAGUCCUAUAACGGUCGCCCUUCGCCCGCAGCUGUCCCAAACCAAUAUACCCCGUCAGUUCAAGCCAGGCCGCAUCCUUUGCACCCCUCGCCGCCACCCCAAAACUAUGGCUUCGGUCCACCUCCAUCGCAGGCAAGCCGCACCCGACCCCCGCCUUCAUCUCGUCCUCCCCAGUCACCCAUUCCUCCCCCAUUGGCAGUCCCCAGCGAUGACCCCCAACAACUAUACCCCCUCUUCCGCGCCGCGAACUCCUCACACUCCGGUUCCUUGACCGAGCAUGAGCUCGGCUCCGCUCUCGUGAACGGAGACUACACUUCCUUCCACCCGCGCACCGUCAAGAUGAUGAUUCGCAUGUUUGACCGAGAAGGCAACGGUAUCAUCACCUUUGACGAAUUCGUUUCUCUGUGGCGCUAUCUGGCUGCUUGGCGGGAGCUGUUUGAUCGGUUUGACGAAGAUCGCAGCGGGCGCAUCAGCCUGCCGGAGUUCGAGAAGGCGCUGAUCGCGUUCGGAUACCGCUUAAGCCCGAAGUUUAUAUCUGUACUCUUCUCGAUUUUUGAGAGCAAGACGAGGCAGCUGAACGCGGCGCCGCGGAGCCCCCACCAUAGUGGCAUGAGCUUUGAUCUCUUCGUGCAGGCGUGUAUCAGCUUGAAACGUAUGACGGAUGUGUUUAAACGCUACGAUGAUGAUCGGGAUGGUUACAUUACCGUGAGCUUCGAGGAGUUUUUGACUGAAAUCCUCCAGCUCCAGGAUUAA